GAUCCGUGCUGCAGUUUGCUUUGGAACUGAGUGGAGCAGCAGGAGCGCGACUCGGCCCCGGAUUGAUCCUCUCCGUGUAGCUUCAGCUCGCAUGGAUCUUUUGUUGGGAUUGUUUCAGAAAGAAGAAGAAGAAGAAGAAGAAGAAGAAGAAGAAGAAGAAGAAGAGCUGCACACACAUCUGAAGGAUCCGGACUUCUAGUGCAUUUCCCUGGGAUUAAACCUCCUCGAAGUAUACCUCCUGCGCUGAGUGCCGGUCUAGAAAGUAGAACCCGGGGCUGUUAAAAGUCCCGAACUGUUCGAGUGGGUCUCGUUCGGAAGGCUGCUGCUUCUGGAUUAUGUUUCUCAGUGGGUUAUGUUAUCUCAUCGUGUGCUCCGCUUUCUCCCAUUCGUGCGUAACAGAGGUUUGACGAGUCCAUUCCGCUGCGGUCCUGGAUUAUAAGAAAAAUCACACUUUUCGAGCCGAUUUCGGUGUCGUCGGAUGAAUCGGCCGAAUGAAUGCAUUGUGAUCGGAAUGUUGCGGUGCAUUUCCUGCGCGGUUGUGUUGUUGUAGAUGCAACAGAACAGCCUGGAGUCUGAUGUUGCGGGUCCGCCAGCCCUGUGCACGCACCGCACGGCGCUCCGCACACAUCCAUUCAUGUGUCUGUAACAUCCCGAUAUCUGUAGAUUGAAAACCCCUUACUUAUAAAAGACCCCCCAUCUCGAUUGUCAAGUUGUCGUAUGUUCAGGACGAAACGCUCAGGUCUUGUGCGGCGACUCUGGAGAAGCCGUUUGAUCCCAGACAGAGAAGGGGGAGAUGGAAGUGGCCAGGCUGCUGAGGGCUGCAGGGACGACCCUCUGUUCUGCCACAACCCGGAGAAGGUUCCCAAGACCGAGCUCGGACCGAUGACCCCGAGCGGCUCUCACGGGGGGGACACGGUGGGGGGGCUGUGGACCACCCGGAGCCCCCGGAGCCCCGCGGGGGGGAGCCGGGGCCCGGGGGCCACGUCGGACCAGGAGGGGGGCUCCCUGUGCGUCCUGGCGCACGGCGGCAGCCCCCGGUCCGUGCAGGACAGCGAGGGCAGGACAGUGACGUGCUGCCUGUUCCAGGACCGGGACCGGGACCACGCCGAGCUCCGGGGUCCGGACCCGGGGUCGUGCCACCUGGCGCUGAGGAGCCUGGGACCCCGGAGCGGCGGGGGGUCUCCCGGGUCUCCCGAGGCGCAGGAGGUCGCGAUGCCGCCGCGCGCCGUGCUGGAUCCGGAACUGAAGUCCGCCACCUACUCGCUCCUGAAGCGGCUGAAGGAGCGGGCUCUGGACACCCUGUUGGAGGCGGUGGAGUCCCGGGGGGGGAUGCCGAGCGACUGUGUGCUGCUGCCCCGGACCGAGCUGCGGCUGGGCGGCCGGGGGGCGUCCCCCCAGCUGCUGGUGUGUAAACUGUACCGCUGGUCCGACCUGCAGCACUCGGCCCAGCUCAAGCCGCUCUGUGAGUGUGAGAGCUUUGGGGCAUCGGACGGUCCGUCGGUUUGCUGCAACCCCUAUCACUACAGCCGGCUCUGUGGGCCAGAGUCACCCCCACCUCCUUAUUCGAGGCUUUCCCCCAAUGAAGAACACAAGCCACUGGAUCUGUCAGACUCCACAUUGUCUUACACUGAAACCGAGGCCGCCAGCUCACCAAACAUCACACCGGGGGAAUUUUCAGAUGCCAGUAUGUCGCCUGACGCCCCCAAGCAGAGCCACUGGUGUAACGUGGCGUACUGGGAGCACCGCACGCGGGUGGGUCGCCUCUACACGGUGUACGAGCACUCCGUCAGCAUCUUCUACGAUCUACCUCAGGGCACGGGCUUCUGCCUGGGCCAGCUCAACCUGGAACACCGGAGCAGCACCGUGCAGCGCACACGAGGCAAAAUCGGCUACGGCCUCCUCCUCAGCAAAGAGCCGGACGGCGUGUGGGCGUACAACCGCAGCGAGCACCCUAUAUUUGUCAACUCCCCUACUCUGGACAUGCCCAGCAGCAGAACUCUGGUGGUGCGCAAGGUGAUGCCGGGCUACUCCAUCAAGGUAUUUGACUAUGAGCGCUCGAGCCUCCUGAGGCACAGCACGGAGGCGGAGCUCCUGGACGGACCCUACGACCCCAACAGUGUGCGCAUCAGCUUUGCUAAGGGCUGGGGCCCCUGCUACUCCAGACAGUUCAUCACCUCCUGCCCCUGCUGGCUGGAGAUCCUCCUCAACAACCACAGAUAACACAGACGGACCCCAUAAACGAUCCCAAAUAUCAUCUACCUAGAUUUAAUAUAAAGUUUUAUAUAUUAUAUGAAAUAUAUAUUAUACUUGUAAAUACGGAGUCAUUUUUACAAUGUAAUUAUUUAUGUAUGGUGCAAUGUGUAUAUGGACAAGAGGAAAAAAAAUGGAAAAUGCACUUUGGCUUAUAUAUAUUAUAUAUAUAAAUAUAUAUAAAGAUAAAGAAUCUUUCAAUACCAACUUGAGAAAUUAUACAGCAAAAUUAGGAUGAGCCUGGAUUUGAUGUAUAGUUUUCAUAUACUAUUAAUAUCCAGACAAAAAGCUAACACCAUUCACACAUUGAUAAUAAAG